GAAUGCAUGUUUUGUUUUAUUUUUAUUUCAUUUUUUGUAUUUUAUUUUAUUUUAUUUUAUUCACUACAUGUAAAUGUUUGUCUCAUACUGUCCACUGUGAGGUCCUGUAACCAAAACCAAAUUCCUUGUAUGUGUAAGCAAACCUGGCCAAUAAAGCUCGAUUCUGGUUCUGGUUCUGAUUCUGAAGACUCUACAUUCGCACACGGGACGUUACUAGUUUGAGUCAGGCAGACACGACGGGUACCAAAUGGUCCUUGGGGUGCAGGCUGAGCCGGGGAGCGUAUGACAGCACAGCACCGGCGUGACUUUGAGCCGGUCAGCCGGGGGAAGCGUGCAGUUUCAGCCCCAACACGCCAUCAAAAUGCGGUUACUGACAGCAGCGCUGGCCCUGAGCCGAAACAACCUCCCGAAACCGACAAAUGUUCUGGUCAGCAGCUGCCGGACAUGUUCCUCCGGCAUCACCCCGAACGAGAGGAUCCGGAACAUCGGCAUCUCCGCGCACAUCGACUCCGGGAAGACCACCUUAACCGAGCGGGUGCUUUACUACACCGGCAGAAUAGCAGAGAUGCAUGAAGUAAGGGGCAAGGACGGAGUCGGGGCCGUCAUGGACUCCAUGGAGCUGGAGAGACAGAGAGGAAUCACCAUCCAGUCAGCUGCGACCUACACAAUGUGGAAACAGCACAAUAUCAACAUCAUUGAUACACCAGGUCACGUGGACUUCACCAUCGAGGUGGAGAGGUCUCUGCGAGUUCUGGACGGGGCCGUGCUGGUCCUGUGUGCCGUCGGAGGGGUGCAGUGUCAGACCUUGACCGUCAACAGGCAGAUGAAGCGCUACGGCGUGCCUCACCUCACCUUCAUCAACAAGCUGGACCGCAUGGGAGCGAACCCCUCCCGGGCGCUGCAGCAGCUGAGGACGAAACUGAAUCAUAACACAGCAUUCGUCAACAUCCCUAUCGGACUCGAGGGCAACCUGUGCGGCAUCAUUGACCUAAUUGAGGAACGGAGCAUCUACUUUGAGGGUCCUUGUGGUCAGAAUAUCCGUUUCGAUGAGAUCCCGGCUGAGAUGCGAACAGAAGCGGCCGAGCGCAGGCAGGAGCUGGUGGAGUGUGUGGCCAAUGCCGAUGAAACGUUGGGAGAGAUCUUUCUGGAAGAGAGAGUCCCCACCGUGGACGACCUAAAGGCGGCUAUACGCAGGACGACCAUCCAGCGCUCCUUCUCCCCGGUGCUGGUGGGCAGCGCUCUGAAGAACAAAGGGGUUCAGCCCCUGCUGGACGCUGUGCUGGACUACCUGCCCAACCCCAGCGAGGUCAACAACUAUGCCAUCCACAACGACGAGGAAUCGAGUGAUAGCAGCAAGGUUCUGAUGGAUUCUACAAGAGAUGCUACUAAACCGUAUGUGGGUUUGGCCUUCAAACUAGAGGCUGGACGCUUUGGUCAGCUGACCUACGUGCGCGUGUACCAGGGCUGUCUGAAGAAAGGCGAGUACAUUUACAACACCCGCACGGGCAAGAGAGUGCGUGUCCAGAGGCUGGUGCGCCUCCACGCAGACCAGAUGGAGGAUGUGGAGGAGGUGUAUGCUGGCGAUAUCUGCGCCCUGUUUGGAAUCGACUGUGCCAGUGGAGACACCUUCACUGCUCGCACAAGCGCCAACCUCUCCAUGGAGUCCAUCCAUGUCCCUGACCCAGUCAUCUCCAUGGCUAUUAAACCAGCCAACAAGAAUGACACCGAUAAGUUCUCCAAAGGCAUCAGCCGCUUCACCAGAGAAGACCCCACUUUCAGGGUCCACUUUGACACAGAGAGCAAGGAGACCAUUAUCUCAGGGAUGGGGGAGCUGCAUCUGGAGAUCUACUCACAGAGGAUGGAAAGGGAGUAUAACUGUCCGUGUGUGAUGGGGAAGCCUAAAGUGGCCUUCAGGGAGACGGUGACCAGCCCUGUGCCAUUUGACUUCACCCACAAGAAGCAGUCUGGGGGGUCAGGGCAGUAUGGUAAAGUGGUGGGAGUCCUGGAACCCCUGGAUCCAGAAAAUUACACCAAAGUUGAAUUUGAAGACCAGACCAUCGGCACAAACGUACCCAAGCAGUUUGUACCAGCUGUCGAGAAGGGUUUCAGGGAUGCCUGUGAGAAGGGACCCCUAACAGGUCAUAAGAUAUCUGGCGUACGUUUCGUGUUGGAGGACGGUGCGCAUCACAUGGUGGACUCCAACGAGAUCUCCUUCAUCCGAGCCGGAGAGGGAGCUAUGAAACAAGCCAUGGAGAACGCCAAUGCGGUCAUUCUGGAGCCGAUCAUGUCCGUGGAAAUCGUCGCUCCCAAUGAAUUCCAGGGGGCAGUCAUUGCUGGAGUCAACCGUCGCCAUGGUGUCAUUACAGGGCAGGAUGGAGCAGAGGGAUACUUCACACUGUAUGCUGAUAUUCCUCUCAACGACAUGUUUGGAUAUUCCACAGAGCUGCGCUCCUGCACUGAGGGAAAAGGAGAGUACACAAUGGAGUACAGCAGGUAUCAGCCCUGCCUGCCGUCUGUACAGGAGGAGCUUGUUAAUAAAUACCUGGAGGCAACAGGUCAACUGCCUGCGAAGAAGGGCAAAUGGAAGAACUGAGCAACAACAAACACACAAAUCUCUUUCAAAAUGGUCAUUUGAGUAAUUUAUGUAUAUUUUUAAGCUCUUGCUGCGCUGUUGGAGAGUUCAGGGAAAGCUCAAAGGACGGCUUUGAGCGUGUACAGAUGGUUUUGUACUAUGUACAGCAUAUGUGUCUGGUUCAUAAUUAAAAUGUCAACAAUCUU